GUUUCCGGGAGGCAGGCGCGGGUUGUUCAAAACACAGAGAAGAAACGCGGGCACGAGAAGCAGGAGAAUCGCCGCCAACUCCAAACUUUAUACCAAAAUUUAUCACUUUAUGUAGCACGACAAAACGCGUUCGGUGACUCUUGUGAGAAUGAUGCCCACUACUACCAGGAAGAGAAAGCUCUCAACUCUGGACUCUGACAGUCACCCAAACAAGAAGGGGGCGAGAGAGGAGAUGUCACCUUUGAAGAGGAGAUCCCCAAGAAAGACCCAGCAGUCUCCUAUCAGAAAGAAGCCAGCUGGGUGUCUGGACAAGGAGAACUGUCCCUCACCACAGAAAUCCCCACGCAGACCAGCAGGCUCACCGGCCAAAUCGCCCCGUAAAUCUCCGUUCAAAGCUACAAUGGUUACAAGCUCCUUCUAUGGCAAGCAGAAGCCUGUCUACCUCACUCCUCUUGAGAGGAAGGCGAUAAAGGAGUCUCUUCCUUCUCCUCCUCCUCGUCUUCUAUCGUCUCCCCCCCAGGCAAAAAAGCCAGAAAAGAAGAAUAAGAAGAAUGGAAAAGGAGGCAACAAGCCAAGAAAGGUUUCUGUCGGAUCUAGUAAUGCAGGGAAGAUGAGUAUCAAAAACUACUCAACAUCUACGAAGACGAUCAAACUUUCAAAGCCUGACAGCAGCGUCACUGCUAAACCAUCACCUACUACACCUGCUGCACCUGCCGGCAGCGCUAAACCAGCAGAACCCAAGAAAGCAAUCACCAUCACUUUCAGCAACCUGAAGCCGAAACCGAAGAUAUUUGUUGGAGCUGCUUUCUUCGGUACAGGGAAGAAACCUACGUCCAUGUACAAGAAAUCUGCACCAAAAUCUUUGACCAGGCCAGCGUCAGUCCAGGGGAAGAGUAAAGCUGCUCUGCCACAAACAAGGAGUGAGAAAACAACUCAGCAGCAGCAGCAGCCUGCUUUGGUGAUGAACCAACAACAAAAACAUCCUGAAGAGGCUGCCGUCCAGCCGGUCGAGACAAAAGAGAACCAGCCAAUCACCAAGCAGAGAGCAAAGUUUGAUCCCACAGACUGGAUGGACUCUGUUAACAAAGAGCCUGAAUCUCCACAGCCGUCAAGCUCACCUAAAGUCUUGACAGGGAAAUAUGGAAUUACCAAGGAGCUGAUGAUUGUGUUGACACGUACUCCAAAACCAAGCUCUGCAUCUGCAUCCUUGUCCACCAAUACUCAGGAUCACUCUCUGGCAGACGGUGGCUCUGAGCCCAUCUUUGACCUCAGUGAUAUUAGUCCCACCAGCGCUGCCUCCAGCCCCCCCAAAGAGUCUACAGCUGUGUAUCCCAUCUUUGGCUCUGCCUCCAAGAGAUUAAAGAAUGUAGCUCUGCAGUCUCCAGUGUCCUGCAGCACCCCCUCUGGCCCACUGCAGACUCCUUCAGCUAAAGAGCGAAGUGCUCGCAGGAGGAAAGAGAAGCACGAUGGCGACCAGCUCAUCAUCGAUGCAGGUCAGAAGCAGUUUGGAGCAAUGACCUGCAGCUCAUGUGGGAUGGUGUACAGCGCCGACAAUCCAGAGGACAAUUUCCAACACACCCAGUUCCACCAGCGCUUCCUGGAUUCCAUCAAAUUUGUGGGCUGGAAGAAGGAGCGGGUGGUGGCCGAGUUCUGGGAUGGUAAAAUUCUCCUGGUCAUGCCAGAUGAUCCCAAAUACGCCAUCAAAAAGGCUGAGGAUGUGCGUCGUGUAGCGGACAACGAGCUGGGUUUCCAGCAGGUGACUCUGAGCAGACCCACGCAGGCCAAGACCUACCUGUUCAUCAACACAGAGCGAAUGGUGGUGGGAUGUCUCGUAGCUGAACCCAUACGACAGGCUUACAGAGUCCUUGAGCAGCCAGAUCGACAGAAGGAUAUGACCAAGGACGACUUCAUGGAGCGACACAGAGCCUGGUGCUGCUCCACCACCCCAGAACAGGCUCUGUGUGGUAUCAGUCGGAUCUGGGUCUUCAGCCUGGCCAGACGGCAGGGCAUCGCCACCCGCAUGCUGGACACCGUCAGGAGCAGCUUCAUGUACGGCAGUCAUCUAACCAAGGAGGAAAUCGCCUUCUCUGACCCAACACCUGACGGCAAACUGUUCGCAACCAAGUACUGCAACACACCGACCUUCCUCGUUUACAACUUCAUUGCAUGAGGUUUGGAAGAAUUUAACUAAACGUGGAUUAAAGCGACCGUUCAGCCUGUUAAAUCAGUUAUAUAAGUGUUGCAUAUUAACAGUUCUUCAGUCAAUUGUUGAAUUGACUCUCACAAGCAAAACAAGAGUUCAGGAUGUUCAUGUUGCUUAUACCAGGCUUUAGUUCGUACUGACAAGUGUGUAUAAGCUUCAGAUGUAUGAUUAUAAUGCUCUUCAGGAUAAAGUAGGCUUAGGGUUAUGUUUUUAAUACACCUGCUGUCACUCAGUAUUUAUACUCAGCUCUGCCAAACUUACUGUUGAAUGUUGUUUAUAUUGCCGGUACUUUCAAAUGUUUAUAUUUUUCUGAGUAAGGAGACCACGUAGCUUUGACUGAUUUUGUCUUUUGCAUCUAAGAAGACUGAAAACUUCCUUUUGCUAUGUUCUUUUAAAUGGUCAGAUUUUUUUUUCUUGCUACCAGCUCAAGGUUUUCUGAGCACUUUGGAAGGAAAAUAUGUUUAUAGACACUGACCUGUUUAAAGAUGGACACCAUCAUUGUUUAGGGCCUUUCUGCUUUGUAAAUAGAUUUUAAUAAACGUGUUGCCUUUUG